UAAUAAAUGAACGAAUGAAUUUAACAAAGUGUCCAAUAUUAGAAAGCUGGUCUCUUCUCAUAGAUCCCCUCCACUCCACUCCACAACAAACCACAUCACCCUCAAAGCCUCCCACGUAGUCACUAUUGCUUCCUAUUUCUCGUCUCUCAUCAUCGGUGAAAUUGAACAACUUCUUCUGUUACAGCAACCAUUGGAAUGUGAAGAGGGACACACACACGUAUACAAUGAGCACUGAUGAUCGACGAAAGCAUAGAAUCUUGAUGGUCUCAGAUUUUUUCUAUCCUAACUUUGGUGGUGUCGAAAAUCACAUUUAUUAUCUCUCUCAAUGUUUGAUCAACUUAGGCCACAAGGUGGUGGUUGCAACUCAUGCUUAUGGAAAUCGAUCUGGGGUCAGAUAUAUGACUGGUGGUCUGAAAGUAUACUAUGUUCCAUGGAGACCAUUUGUUAUGCAGAAUACGUUUCCAACCAUCUAUGGGUUAUUACCAAUUAUAAGAACGAUUCUUAUUCGAGAAAGAAUUACAGUGGUGCAUGGACACCAAGCCUUUUCGACAUUUUGUCAUGAAACUCUCAUGCAUGCAAGAACCAUGGGAUACAAGGUUGUGUUUACAGAUCAUUCUCUGUACGGUUUUGCUGAUGCUGGAAGCAUUCACAUGAACAAGGUGUUGCAGUUUACCUUGGCAGAUGUGACUCAAGCCAUAUGUGUUUCUCACACAAGCAAGGAAAACACAGUGUUACGGUCAGGUUUGCCACCAGAUAAAGUUUUUGUAAUACCUAAUGCCGUUGAUACUCCCAUGUUCACGCCACCAGCAGUGGAUUGUCCAAGAAGAUUGGAAGAGAUUGUUAUUGUUGUUAUCAGCCGAUUGGUUUAUCGGAAGGGAGUAGAUUUGCUUGUCGAAGUCAUCCCGCAAGUAUGCCGGUUACAUUCCAAUGUUCGUUUCAUUGUUGGAGGUGAUGGAGCUAAGCGUGUGCGGUUGGAAGAGAUGAGAGAAAAACAUUCUUUACAAGACCGAGUUGAAAUGUUGGGAGCUGUGCCACAUGCACAGGUCCGAUCUGUUCUGAUACGUGGGCAUAUCUUCUUAAAUAGUUCCUUAACGGAAGCUUUUUGCAUAGCUAUAUUAGAGGCUGCUAGUUGUGGAUUGUUAACAGUCAGCACACGUGUUGGAGGAGUUCCUGAGGUUUUGCCAGAUGACAUGGUUGUUUUGGCAGAACCUGAUCCCAGUGAUAUGGUGUAUGCAAUAGAAAAGGCCAUACAUAUGCUGCCAAAAAUUGAUCCACAAGUUAUGCAUAAUCGAGUGAGGGAGCUCUAUGACUGGAACGAUGUUGCCAAAAGGACUGAAAUUGUGUAUGACCGUGCUUUGAAGUGUUCCGAUCAAAAUCUACUAGAGCGUCUCUCACGAUACCUCUUUUGUGGAGCGUGGGCAGGAAAGUUGUUUUGCUUGGUUAUGACUGUUGGUUAUCUGUUAUGGAAGCUAUUGGAACUAUGGCAGCCUGCAGAUGAUAUUGAAGAGGUGCCGGAUUUCACUCUUGCACGCAACUGCGAUGAAGAAAUCUUGGAAAAUACACAAUGAUAUUAAUGGCGUAUUUUGGUGUUCCACGGAGUUCUCUUUUGCUCAUAAAUCUGAAAUGAAGAAGAAUACUGAUGGUGUUUCUAGUAGCUGCAUUUCAUCUCAGUUCCCAGAUCUUGUUAAAGCUGAUAAUCACUAGAUCUUGAUGCCGUAUACCGAUGUGUCUGAAUUGGAGAAUGGAGUCCGGAUGCACUUGCCAUGUAGAGAACCACGGAAGGCUGUGUUAGUGUUAAUGUCAAUGUUUUUAGCAUUACUUUGUUGAGCUUCGUAGUUAAACACAUAAAUUUAGUCUGUGAAAUUAAGGUUCUGAUAUUUUUUUGGGUACAAGAGCAUCUAGAAGCACUAGCUCUUUUCAUUAAUGAAGAAUAUCCCCCCUCCCCUUUUUCCAUGAAAUGCCAGAUUGGUCAAUAAACUAAUAGCUUGCAUGAAAUGUCACAUUAGAUGAACAAUUAAAGAUGUUAAAUUCUCAACA